AUGUCACAGCGGCGUAAUUCCCGAAUCCCCAGUCCCAGCUAUUACACGCCCCCUCGAUGCCACAGAUGCCACAGCGGCAGCACACAUACGCCCCCUGAGGAAGAACCGGUUCCCAAACAGCCUGCAGUACAAGCCAUUCAGUUCUUGGACGGCAACUCCAUAUCUAAAGCGCAGCGCGAAGCCAAAGCCGAAGCCCAGGAGAAGUGCGGCUGGCCGUCUGAUGAUCCUGACCCCAAAUCCGACAAGAUGGUAGCAGAACACAGAGAGGUGCAGAGAGCCUCGACUCCUGACGACGCCUGCAGCUGGCGAGGAGACUCUCCAGAACCUGAGCUUGACGACCUUGCACAUACACACGAGAGUCCUAGACGUCAAAAGCCGACCGUGAUCCCACCUCCAGAAUCGCCACUUCCUGCUUCGUCUCCAGUGCCGGGAUACGAGCCAGGAGAGCCGCCCAAGCAGCCAGAAGAACCCAAGAAUGACAAGCAGGCUGACCUGAUGGGCCCGUCGUAUACUGAAAGAAUUUCUGGCGUAAUGCGACUGAUGACCAGUCGCCAAAAACUUCAGUCUACCGAGCCCGCCACACCCGCCCUUGAUCGUUCCGAGUCACCCCCAAUUGAGACCAGUUCUUCACCCCAGAAUGGCGAACAGCAGAUAAGUGCAGAGCAGUCUGAGACAGAACCGUCACAAGACACUGUCAAGCACACCCACGAUGACGCAAUUGGUCAGGUGCACGACCAGCGCUCUGAACAGGCACCCCCAAAUCUUCUACCUGAUGAUCCUUCCCAGCCUCCUACCGAGUCCACUCCCGACACUGCCACAGUUGGGGAGUCCAAGAAGGACAUAGCUAAACGAAAGAGGCAAAAGGAGCGAGCUGAGAAGGACAGAAAGACGCUCGAGCGUGAGAAGGAAAAGGCCGAGAAACACAGGAUGCACAAGGAGAGAAAAGCUAAUGAAAGGGCCGAGAAGGAGAAGAGGCACGCGGAGAAGAAGGAGAAGGAGAAAGCCAAGAAAGAGAAGCACCACAAGGAUAAGUUACAGCGGAAGAAGAGCAAGGACGGCUACCUUGCUUCCCUUCCCGAGGAGCUGCCUGCCGGCGCCGAUGGUUCUGCUCUUGUCGAACCUUACCCGGGAUGUCCCGUGUGCGAGGACACUUCUGGAAAGCGUGACGAUUGGCAGGAUUUGCCAUCCUUGUUGGAGAGUCGGCCUGCGUUGCAGAAGCUCAUUGACAUGGCGAAGAAAAUCCUCCACUUGAAGUCGAGGGAGGCGCCGCAUGGAGAGGCGGCCGGCAAUGAUUCAGUUGGUGAAGAGCCCGAACCAGACCCGGAGCUCGUCGACCACGUCGCGCAGCAUAUUCGCCAGCACAUGCAGGAGCAUCGGGAUGAGGGCGCUGAGAUCGCCGGCGGUGUAAAGGCCGGUCGAGGAACAUACGGCUUAGACGGCACGCGGGAUUCGCAUACAAUACCAGACUGGUUCCGCCAAAUGCUCCACAGAUCCAGGAGAGAUAUCUCGUCGCCCAAUUCAUCUAGCCGGUCGUCUCCCACGGAUUAUGGCUCUCCCACGGGUAUUGGCUCUCCCAUGAGUAUUGGCUCUCCCACAGGCAACGGUUCUCCAGGCUCUCGCUCCCCUCCUGGAAUGCACUCGCCUCCAGGCUCUCGCUCCCCUUCGCGACGGGGCUCGCGUACCCUUUACCCAAUGCACUCGCCUCCAGACUCGCGUACCCCUACACGCAUUGGUACGCCACUUGAUCGUCCACGUAGGCGAGACGACGCAUUCUCCUCUGGGGGUCAUUCUCGCCGCAGUUGGGCUAGUAGACAACCAUUACCAAGGCCACGGUGA